AUCGAAUUUUCUGGAAAUGACUGUCGCUCAUUCAAGAGCACAAUUAUAGCGAAUGGCUUGCAAUGAAGGCUUUCUCUUUGUUCGCUUAGAAGGAGGCAACGAUGCACGACGGGGAUAUUGCCUUAGACUAGGAAUGAAACACAAGCUGUAAAUAUUCUUCAAGGAAUCUUCGCUUUCGAAAAAGUACAAGAAAAGAGUAGGGAAAUCGUUUCCAUCUAUUUCCAGACUCCAGACAGCAGCCUGCUCAGAUAUAACUAUGAUACUCUCGAACUAUUUCACUUGCCCAAUAGCCUGGGAAUUCUCUCUAGCAGAACGCAACUAAGUCUCGUCGUAACACUACCAGCCAAACUUCAGACGUAUCAUCAUGGCUCCGCAAGGUAGUCCCGGUGAAUCUUCUCGCAAAAGAUCACGUUCGCCGGAAUUCAACGAUUGGGAAGGCCGCUACAAUCUACGCAGCAAGGUGAAAGUGAAAGAUGAGUGGGGUUUCUUAGCACUGCCACAAGAGGUGCGGAACAUGGUCUACGGCCUAGCUUUCGUACAAAUUCGAAUCACUGUCUAUUGGGAUUCACGAACUAAACGUUGCCGACAACGUUCAGACCUCAGUGGCUCUAGCUCUCUCUUACACACUUGCAAGACAACUUACGCCGAGGCCAGAGCUAUGCUGGAUUACUCGGCUACAUUCGAGAUCGAGGACAUGGAGUAUCUCGAAAUGUGGCUGAAGAAAAUCGGAAUGAGAGUUCUCAACCUACGCGUUAUCAAGUUGACACGGUCAUUCCAAGCGGCCUUUGUGCGAAAACUGGGGAUUGAGAACUUUCGAGUGUUGAAACAGAGGGAGUACAGAGCUAUCUCGCGACGUGUUGCUCAACUUCUCAGCGGCUGCCAGCAUCUUGAAAGUCUGGAUUUGGGCUACCUUUAUACCACGAAAUACCAGAAGACCACACUCAUCGAGUAUAAGGAUAACCCUAGGGAUUGGAAAGUUCAGGUACGACUUCUGACUGAGAUGGUGUUUGAGGAUAUGUUGCUCCUCUUGGCGGGGGUUAAGUCUUUCGGAAAGACUUUGGAUCAAGUGGUGAACUUACUUGAAAUUCAUCCCAAGAACUUCGAGUCUAUUACAAAGUAUUACCAUCUGAAUAACAGAAUGCCCGAGCGAGAGGCAGCUCGUCACAUGAGGGUACUGGCUAGGAAGUUCAUUGGAAUUUGA